CAUGGUUGCAUAACUUAUCCAUGUAUUUGGGGAUGUCCGAUAAUGGCUUUUUGCCAAUAUCCGAUAUUCCUAUAUUGUCCAACUCUUUAAUUACCGAUACUGACAUCAACCGAUACCGAUAUCAACCGAUACCAAUAUAUAAAGUCGUGGAAUUAACACAUUAUUAUGCCUAAUUUGGACAACCCGGUAUGGUGAAUAUAAGGUCCUUUUUUUUUAAAUUAAUAAAAUAAAAUAACAAAUAAAUUAAAAACAUUUUCUUGAGUAAAAAAGAAAGUAAAACAAUAUAACAACAGUUACAUAGAAACUAGUAAUUAAUGAAAAUGAGUAAAAUGAACUGUUAAAGGUUAGUACUAUUAGUGGACCAGCAGCACGCACAAUCAUGUGUGCUUACGGACUGUAUCCCUUGCAGACUGUAUUGAUAUAUAUUGAUAUAUAAUGUAGGAACCAGAAUAUUAAUAACAGAAAGAAACAAUCCUUUUGUGUGAAUGAGUGUGAAUGAGUGUAAAUGGGGGAGGGAGGUUGUUUGGGUUUGUUGCACUAAUUGUAAGUGUAUCUUGUGUUUUUUAUGUUGAUUUAAUUUAAAAAAAAAUCGAUAUUUUCCGAUAUUACAUUUUAAAGCAUUUAUCGGCCGAUAAUAUCGUUAGGCCGAUAUUAUCGAACAUCUCUACAUGCAUUGUUAUUCUUUUCUCUCCUUAUUUACAAACAUUUAAACACAGAAAGAGAACAGAUUGUCACGAAUUGCUGAGAAAUGGAGAAUGAGUAGAAUUUAAUGAACUCUGCUUCUUCCUACUCCUUUUCGGACACGAGGAUAAUGUAAUGCCAUGCCAAUUUAACACUAUGUGUUCAAUAUGUGAGUUAAUUAAUUGCUAAUUAAUGAUAUCAGUGUUGUUGCUGCCUGAUGUGGACGCUUUUUGUAGUUUUUUUUUAUUGCAUGUUUGAGAAAGUAGCAUAUGUUGGUCACAUUCCACAAAUAUUUGACGAUAAAAAACGAGGAGACAAACACUGGCCGGUCCCAGUGCUCCAUUUGAAGACUUUUUCCGGGGCCAGCAGAUGGGCGCUGUCUGUUCCAUGCUGGCACCGACGCCGUGCGACGAGCGCUCAAGAAUUCAGCCAUUAAAACACACAGCAGAUGGAGCCUUUUCCCAACUUCUACCCCGCGCUCGUUAAGCGGCCAAACAACACGACGCGACUCCCGCCGCCUUUCCUAAAAACCUAACGCCCGGACGAUGAAAGUCCACCUUUCGCUCGUAAACGUGCCGGGGCCUCCCGACUGUUGAGGAGCGUGGCGAGCUAAGAGUCCGCACAGAUGGCGCCCGGAAACAGAGAGCGGCGGAAAGCAUGAGGCGCCGUUGACUUUGGUGGGAGGGGAUGACUGACAGCCCGCCCUCGUAACAUGCUGGGAGUCUUUAGUGCUGCUGGCCUAAUUAGCUUCCCAGCUAAUCUGUGUUUAGGAGCCUGCUCUCUUGCUCCAGAUUAGCCACCUUUUCUGUUCUCAAAGAGCUUGGUUCACCGCCUCAUUUUACCACCGAGUAACCGACGCUAUUUUCUUCAUUUACUUGAUCACGUGAUGAAAUCUUAGGGAUGAACCACUAGAAGUGCCCACCUCCGUCUGGGGAGCUCCAUAAUGUAAAUGUAUCGUAGCUUCCGGGCCAUGACCUCUCCUGGAUUUACUCGGACCGUUCUUCUCUUCGUAUCUUGGAUUUAAAGUUUUGCUCAAACCGGGCCGGCAGCGGUGGCGGCUGCCGCGACGGCGGCGGGAGGAGCGCACCACCGCCUGGGAGCUUUGGGAUAACCUUACGGGACGCCGCCAUGAGGAUCCCCGCCACCUCCCGUCUCUGCCCCAUCCUGGUCUGCCUCUGCUUCAUCCAGAGGGCCGACGGGGCCGGCCACCGCCCGCCCGCCAAGGUGCUCGCCAGGGGCCAGACUAAGAACCAGACCGGGGAGACGGAGGUGCACCACAGGCCCAAACGAGGCUGGAUCUGGAACCAAUUCUUUGUUUUAGAAGAACACAUGGGGACGGAGGAGCAGUACGUGGGGAAGCUUCACUCCAACUCGGAUAAAGGCGACGGAUCGGUCCGCUACAUCCUCAGCGGCGAUGGCGCGGGGACGAUAUUUCUGAUCAACGAGGUGACGGGCGACAUCCAUGCCACCAGGAGCUUGGACCGGGAGAAGAAGUCGCACUAUGUCCUGCACGCGCAAGCCUUGGACCGCAACACUGGGGAGGCGCUGGAACCAAAGUCAGAAUUCAUCAUCAAAGUCCAAGACAUCAACGACAACGCGCCGCGGUUUCCAGAAGGACCUUUUGAAGCCACAGUGCCCGAAAUGUCUGAAGUGGGGAUGUCUGUGCUGCAAGUCACAGCCACCGACGCGGACGACCCCACCUACGGAAACAGCGCCAGGAUCGUCUACAGCAUCCUGCAAGGACAGCCAUAUUUCUCCGUGGACCCCAAAACAGGGGUCAUCAGGACUGCCUUAGCCAACAUGGACCGGGAAGCCCGGGAACACUACACUGUGGUCAUCCAGGCCAAAGAUAUGGCGGGCCAAGUCGGCGGUCUCUCCGGAUCCACCACCAUCAACGUCACGCUGACCGACGUCAACGACAACCCACCAAAGUUCCCACAAAAAAAUUACCAGCAGUACGUCCCCGAAUCGGCUCAAGUCGGGAAGCCGGUGGGGAAGAUCAAAGCCAACGACGACGACCUCGGCGCCAACGCGGACAUCAGGUACAGCAUCAGCAACUCAGAGGGCGCCAACGUGUUCUCCAUCGCCACUGACAGGGACACGAAAGACGGGAUCAUCACGCUCAGAAAGCCAUUGAACUACGAGCGAAAGAAGACGUACACGCUCCACAUCGAGGGCACCAACACCCACGUGGACCCUCGCUAUUCCUACCUGGGUUCCUUCAGUGACACCACCGCCCUCAAGAUCACGGUGGGCGACGUGGACGAGGCACCAGUCUUCUCCUUGGACUAUUACAUCAUGGACGUGUACGAGAACUCGCCCGGCGGCACGGAGGUGGGCGCCGUCACGGCCCGGGACCCCGACAGCAGGAACAGCCCCGUCAGGUACUUCAUCGACAAAAAGGAGGUGGGGACUAACUACUUCCGGAUCGACGAGAUCAGCGGCGUGAUCAGGACCACGCAGCCUUUGGACCGGGAGGACACGGCCUGGCACAACAUCACCGUGAUGGCCUCGGAGGUUGACAACCCCGGCCUCUUCAGUCACAUCCCGGUCACCGUGCAGGUCCUGGACGUCAACGACAACGCGCCGCAAGUGGCCGGCGACGAGGACAUCAUCGUUUGCGAGAGCACGCGGGCAGGACAGGUCAUCCAGACGGUCAGCGCCAUGGACAAGGACGACUUCGCCAACGGACAACGCUUCUCCUUCGCCCUGCCCGGCCAGCUGCCGGUUAAUCCCAACUUCACCCUCAAGGACAACGAAGACAGCACGGCCAGCAUCAUCGCCAGGCGGCGGCGCUUCAACCACCUGACCCAGGAGCUGUACGAGCUGCCCGUGGUGGUGUGGGACAGCGGGGAGCCGUCCCUGAGCGCCACCAGCACCCUGACCCUGCGCGUGUGCCCCUGCCAGCGCCACGGCAAGAUCCGCAUGUGCCAAGGCGAGGCCUUCCUGUCCUCGGCGGGCCUCAGCACGGGGGCGCUCAUCGCCAUCCUGUUGUGCAUCGUCAUCCUGCUAGUCAUCGUGGUUCUGUUCAUGACUCUGAGACGGAGCAAGAAAGAGCCGCUCAUCAUCUCCGAGGAGGACAUCCGCGAGAACGUGGUCACCUACGACGACGAGGGCGGCGGCGAGGAAGACACGGAGGCCUUCGACAUCAUCGCCCUGCGCAACCCGGCCGCCGCCGAGGAGCUCAAGUUCCGCCGGGACGUUCGCCCGGAGGCGAGGCAGCUCUACGGGGGCCCCAGGGGCCACCGGAGCCCCUCGUUGGAGCUGGACGAGGUGGACGUGCACGAGUUCAUCAAGCAGAGACUGGUGGAGGCCAACAUGGACACGACCGGCCCGCCCUACGACUCGCUGCAGACCUACGCCUACGAGGGCCAAGGCUCGCCCACGGGCUCCGUCAGCCCGUUGGACUCCCUGGGAACGCAGUCGGAGCAGGAUUAUCACUACCUGGACAACUGGGGGCCUCAGUUCCAGAGACUGGCAGAACUCUACACAGAGGCAGAUUCAAACAUGAAGACUUAGUGCGUCAUUCCCUUUCCGAACCGGAACGGAUUGAAAAACCUUUUGGGAUCUUUCGCGGACAGUUUGGAGAAACAUCUACUGUCCAGUGAUUUUUACCUUCUAAAUUGAAGCAACGGCUUUCUUUUUUUAUGUUCCUUUUUCAGGGGGGAUUCUGGCUCCUUCUUGUGGAACUACUGGAUCGGAUUUUGGGAGGAAAGAACACUAUGGGGGGAAAUGAAAGGGAUAUUUUCCUUGUGUAUAUUUUUUAUGGCUCAAUAAAGUUCUGAUAUCCAUGUGGGUGGAUAAAGUG